AUGGAUUGCUUGCGAGAGAAGUUCUUGGGCGGCGUGCUCCUCAACGGCCGUUAUCAGACUCUUUCUCCGCUCAACCAUGGGUCCUUUGGUAUGGUCUUCAUGGCUCAGGACCUCAAAACGAACCAAACUGUUGCCAUCAAGUGCUUGACCAAGCGAACCGCCCCAUCUGACGCUGGCUUGACACUCGCCGUCGACGACAAGUCCGAGGAAUUUGCCCUCCAUACUCGACUUGGCACCCACCCGAACAUCGUCAAUCUUCUCGACAACUUCGAGACUGAAGCGCACGUCUACCUUGUUCUCGAGUACUGCUCUCAAGGUGAUCUGUACGAGGCCAUCCGGAAUGGUCACGGACCCCUUGAAACGGAGCACGUCCGCCAGUUCAUGAUUGAGCUCAUUGACUCCGUGGCCUACAUGCACUCCAAAGGAGUUUACCAUCGCGAUAUCAAGCCGGAAAAUAUUUUCCUUACUCAGGAUGGUAACAUGAAGCUCGGAGACUUUGGCCUGGCAACUACGGACAAGUGGUCUCACGAGACGACUGUCGGAAGUGACCGUUACAUGUCUCCCGAGCAGUUCGACUCAGCUGGCGCUGGCUACUCGCCCGCUCAAGCCGAUAUAUGGGCCAUCGGCAUUUGCCUGCUCAACAUCUUGUUUUCUCGCAAUCCAUUCACCACUCCUACUGAGUCCGACCCGCUCUUCCUUGACUUCUCGAGGGAUAAGCAGAGUCUCUUUGAUGUCUUCCCGUCCAUGUCUCAAGACACGUACGAGGUCAUCGUUCAAUGCAUGAGCUUGGACCCCCGCAAGCGCUCGCUGCUCGGCGCCCGCGAGGCACUCCUUGGUGUCGUCAGCUUCACCGCACAAGACGAGGCUCUGGAUGACUUCUGCACGGCAGACAAUCCCACGCUUGCUUCGGCCAACCGCGAGCCUCUUCGCACACCGUCCAUUCAAAGCCCUCAGGUCGACGAGGCGGGUGCUUUCCCGUGGACGCGGGCUCUGCACGCUGCACCUCGUCGCCAACUGAGUGUCAUUCCCGACGACGAGAGUUUUACGGAAGACCUGUUCUCCAAAUCCGAGGGUACGGGUGACUGGUUUUCUGCUGCCGAGCAAACCCCGUCGAUGUCAUCAGUCUUGGACUCAAGUUUGGGCGCCUCCAUGCAUUCGCUUGCCAUUCGCGAACGCCCGCAGCCCGUCAAGCGAGUCUCGCCAACUGCAGGCUCCCUCCCUAUCCACAUGACCAAACCAUCCACUCUUUCAAUCGCGAGCGUCUUUGGUCGCCGCAACGACCAGGUCUCGAAGAGUUGGAGCGACAUGUGGGAGGAGGAUGAGGAGGAGGAGCGACGUGAGCAGGAGGAGAAGGAAAAGAGGAGGCUCCAAGAGCUUAACGCGAGAACUUGGAGUCAUGAGAGCCGGAGCGAGGCGAAGGAUUCGCAUGUUGCUAUCAAGGGUGACGUUGACGAUGACCUUGUUGCUGACGGGUUCUUCUUCCACGAACCUAAGGCCGACAUCUUCACGACGCCCAAGAAGCAGAUGCCGCGAUACUCGCCACCAUCCAAGCGCAGCACUCUCGACAAAUGGUCAGCCUUGGGGGAGCGUCGCAAGCACGCCAACACGGGAGCUGUUGUGGACGAGUCAAAGUCGCCUAGUCUUGUGCGACGUCAUUUUGGGUUUGGAGUUAAGUCUUUUGAAGCGGGCACGGGCUGA